GCUAGUCUUUUAGAGAAAUAAAAGCCAAAAUCUAGCCAUCAAAACAAUAACAUUAUCCGGUUGCAUAACGGCAUCGACAGCCUUGGAACAGCGAAGAGAAAAAUAAUGGAUAAUUUCUUCAAACCUGUUCACAGUCCUUCUACUGAUCAAGCUAAGCAACAAAGGAACCACCACCACCACAAUCAUCAUCACCACCACCAAGACCCUCAUUCACAGAGGUAUACAACGCUUGAUGACAAUGAUAUAAAUACAGAUGACAGCCAAGGGCACCCUCGCUGCCACCAGCCUCGGUCAUAUCUCUAUGACAGGCCUCACCAUGAUACCCACUAUCUGUAUCAACAAGACACUGAGAAGCUUUACAACCACAACACUUCAGUAACUCUUUCCAGGGCCUCUUCUUCCUCCCUCUCCUCCAGCUCAUCCUCUUCUUCCACUUCUUGGCUCACAGAGACAAGUGCCAAUGAUCCCUACUACCUUCAGCAGGCUGAGCGGCCACAGCAUUCCCUGUCUUGCUCCAAUAUCGCUGAGAUGCGCAGAGCUUUUAGGGAUGACGACAGCAGCGAGCCAAUGGUUUUUGCCACAGUCAAGCACAGCAAAAAGGGCAAUGUUGCUGGUAGGUUGCACAACAGCUCGCACCAAAGCAGGAGGAAUGAUUUGUACGACCUUAACAAAGGUCACAGUCGGAGUGAGCAAGGUUUGCUACAGUGCAAUGAAAGUGACGGGGGUAGAGGGCGGUCCAAAGUAUCAAAAAUCGAUCAUGGACCCUUGUACAAGACAACUAGUCUAAACAGAAGCUUGGCUUUUAGUGAGGAAAACAUUGUUUUAGGGGUCCCUCGAGGUCCCAAGAGGGCAGUGUCUUCGAGUCAGUUACCAAGCAAAGGGAUACUGAAAAACAAGGAGAAUAACAAUGACAUCCGCAAGGCAAAAUCAAUGGAGGUGCUUUCUCCAAGAGUCGCAACCAGAGGAGGUCAGAGUGGGCAGAAGGGGAAAGGGACCACUGAAGCUGAGAUAGAGCGAGCCCGGGCUAACUUUGUGGAGGGAAAGUUGCAGUUUUCAGCUUUUCUAGAUGAGAUAACAAAACAGGUCAUGAGUCCAUCCCAGCUGUCCAUUUUUGGUGUGAACUCCAAUAAAAGUUCAGAGAAGAUGCCUGCCCCAGUCCCAAAACCUGAGCUAGUCAAGCCGGAGCUUCCGCCCAAGAAGCACAGAGCUGCUAAAAGGAGUGACCCUAAGCUGCCAUCAAAGCAACCCAGCAAGCAGGUGAAAGCGACCAUCAGCUCACGAAAACAUACAGACUGUUCGGAUUCAGACAACCUGGCAACAUAUGCAGGAAGGAAGCACCAUGGCAGCCCGCCGCCUCGUCACCACACGCCAUCUACUAUCCACGGACGUAAAGAAAGGAGGCCCUCUCCAUCUGGAGACUCCAUGUCAGAGGACAGAUACGGCCGAUAUGGUCCUCAUCACACAGAUGGAACCAGUACUAGUCCUGAGCCGACCCAACCCAAGCAGCGCCAUCACCGUAAACACCAUCCUAGCACCUUCCAGAACCAGAACCCACAUAUCCAACACUUUCCUAUGCAGAUGCACCAUGCGGCGGAGAACAGAGAUCUGAGCAACUCCCCGCCAGCUUCACCACAGGCGUCCGGACAAAGGUUUGGCUCAGAGUCGUCAUCCACAAAGUCCGACUCAUCCAGGAGUCGAGAAACAGCCUCGACAGUUACGAGUCACAGCUCAGAGCAGAGCGGCAAACACCAGUCACAGCACAUGGGAACAUCUAAAGAGCACCGGAACAUGCUGUGUGAUCCAGACCACCUUCAGGCGUUGCAGGAGGAGAAUGCAGAUCUCCACCAGAACCUUCUGCAGACAGUAGUUUGCAUUGAGAGCCUGGAGGCAGAGCUACAGAGGACCAGAGACGAACUCAGUCAUGUUAAAGAGAAAUACAAAAGCCUUCUACAUACUCAAACUGGUGCAAAGCAGACUAAUAACCUGCUGGGAGAACACCUUCACAAAGCGUCGGAGAGUCUGAGCAGUGAAAGAAAAUAUCUGCAGAAUCGAGUCUCCCAGCUUGGCUCAGAGCUGAGUGAGGCCCACAGGACCAUCGCUGCUCUGGAGAACAUUAAUGUACCACUAUUGGUAAAGGAACUCUUGGAGAAGUACUUUGGUUCUGCUGAAGCCAUACAAAAGUUUCUGUCAACCUCUUUCCCAAGCAACCAAUCCCAGCUGACAGCAGGCCAGUCUUGCAGUCCUAAAGCGGAGGGAGCAGCCCAGGGCUGGCUGAGCGAGUCAGAGGCAGGUCCGCAGAGGGUCACGGCCUUCAUGCCCAUUAAACAAGCUUUUACACCAGCAAAAAAUGAGGGCAGUCUUUCAGGCCAGCAUGAGUCCACUCACAGCCCAUCGUUCUCUUCGGCUGACAUUGGAGCUGCUUCCUAUAAAUCCACAGCUCCUAGUUACCCUGCUAGACCGCAGCCUGUUUACCCACAAACCCAUCAGCAGUUACUACGGGGCACAUCCCACACUGAGACCACUCCAGACCCCCAGCACAGCCACCCAGCGGAUGACAGAUGGGAAGGAAGAGGAGGGUUAAAGUUGCUGCUCUUUGAGCAGGAUGCAGAGGAUGUGAACUCCAUGCUGGCCCAGCAGAUCCUGGAUGAUUUCAUGCAUCAUCUGCAGGCACACAAGGAGGCUGGGGGAGGGAAGGAGCCGCAGAGCGGGCAGGAGUGGAUGACUGGAGUGGAGCAGGCAGGGAAAGUGGCAGACUGAGAAUGCCAUCUGAGGACACCCUAAUUUAAUAAUCUGUGUCCUGAUUAUCUGUCAGUGGUGAAUAUUCGUUAAGCUGCGGCGUCACUGCUGUAGAUUUAUUUCAUUAAUACGAAUGUAGUGUUUCCUAGAGCUGAAUAAAAGUCUUUAUACCACUAAAACCUAAUAAUUGCAGCUGUGAGAAGUUCAGAGCGAACUCUGAAGGAACAAGAUUUCAUCUUUAGAUUUCAUCUUUAGACCAUGUGUUAUUUUUAACACACCGUGUUAUAGUCUAUGCAGAAUUUACUGUUAUGUUUCUGUAACAUAGAAUAGAAAGUUCUCACUGAGUGAAAAACUAGGAUUUUUCCUUAACAGCUUGGAUUUUGAAUAGCAGUCAUCUGAUUUUAAAUGGAAACAGUUUAUAAUAGUUUAAUUUACUCAGCAGCUACAUUAGACCCUUAGUGUAAAUAAGUACACCUGAAGCCGAAAUGAUUUAGUUAGAGCUAGCCAGGACAGUAACAAAAAAAUAAAAAUGAAAAAUAAAAAUAGGAAAAUUUUAACAGGAAAGUUUUAGGCUAAAUUUGUUUGUACCACUUUUCUUUCUAAUAGAAGCAGAUUAAAUCAUUUGCGCUGACAUUUGAGGGAAAAUGAACUCAUAUUUUCAAAGAAUAAGUUGGUAAAUUCAGACCUCUCAUGCACACUAAACUAAGGUAUUUGGCUACACCAGCCAUGAUGUAUUCAAAUCAUUGAUCUUUAUUGAACUUUAUUGAUCUCACAUUGGAGAAAUUUACCUCUGCAUUUAAUCCAUCCCCUUUGGGAGCAGUUGGCUGCCAUCGUUGGGCGGUGUGGGGUGAAGGGUCUUGCUCGGAGACCCAGAGUGGCAGUCUGUGGGAGUGGGGCUCGAACACAGAACCUCAUGAUUCCAAGCUCUAUGCCCUAACCAUAGUCUCCCCCAAUAGAAACCCUUCAUUACAUCAUGGGUCUAUCUGUAAGAGCUUCACUCUUCCUGGCCGUAUUGCUGUGUGGAUCCUCGGUAGGGUUUCUAAGGUGAUACACUGAUCCUGGACAAAAAAGGUCUUGCAUCACCUCAAAUCUGCUUGAUGGAAUUAAAGUCAGCAUUGUCUGCAUGCAAGUCUAGAUGUGCCCCACAGGAUUCAAAGGUAUCUUUACAGUCCUUUAUGCACUACGAGAGGCUCAUGUCAGAAUAAAAACGGCCGUUCAAGAUGUUUCAUUGUAAAUUGUCUUAAAUGUCUCGGCAUGCAGAAACACAAAAGCUCCCUAAUACUGGAGAUAAGGCCCUAAAACCUUUACAUUCCUCUAGCUUGAUAAUUGCCAUGAUACCAUGAGUUGCUCCACUCUGCUUGUUCCACAGAUCUGUGUCCAUUACCACUCAGUUCAGCAUCAAUUUACCUUUCACCACUUAUUCUAAGGACAGCAAGGUAGUCAGUUCAUUUUAAGCACUUUGUUCCUUUGCUGUAGAUAAUCCUGAUCUCUGGUUGUAUUUUGUCUUUAACCUGUAGCUAUCUUGUCUUAUAUUUGACUAUUAUAUCCAGUAGAGAUGUAUUUUUUAAACUACACCACUUUUCCACUUUGUAAGUCUUUGGGUUUGUCAGAAAGGCAGGGGAUAGUUGGAGAUGGAGCAUGGCUGUCUGCUUUGAAAAGGUUUGACUACUUUUCCCAAUUCCGAUGUGUGGCCAUUUACUUUUGCCAGCACGGUGUAUACAGUCAGAUGUAAGACUUUUAAAACACUUCCCUUUAUUA